GUUUUAAACAUUUGUGACCUAAGAAUCCCUGAUUUAGUUUUGCCACAUAGGCAUCUCUCAUUUUAAUUAAAUGAAAGAUUUCCUAACAGGGCUCUAGCAGUUUCUUCUCUCUAUCUCUCUAUGUAUGUAAUCUUAUAAGGAGUUGGAAAACCUCAGCCGGUGAAGAUCUUAGAGAUGAAUGAAAUCUCCAGCUUGUGGCAACCCUUUUCCUUCAUCGUCCUAAUCAUCUCUACCAUUUUUCUCAUCCUCAUCUACAAAUGGUACUCCACCGCCAUUAAUAAAAGCUCACCACCUUCUCCAACAAAGCUCCCAAUCAUAGGAAACUUACACCAACUCGGUCUCCAUCCUCAUCGUUCACUGCAAACCUUAGCCCGACGCCAUGGACCUCUCAUGCUGCUUCACUUCGGCAGCAUUCCGGUCCUCGUCGUCUCAUCCGCCGAACUCGCUAAGCAGAUAAUGAAAACCCAUGACAUAACCUUCUCAGACAGACCCAAGUUGAUAGCCUUCGAUAAGCUUCUCUACAAUUGCAAAGAUGUAGGAUUGGCCCCGUACGGAGAGUACUGGAGGCAGGCUAAAAGCGUCAGCGUUUUACAUCUUCUUAGCAACAAAAGGGUUCAGUCUUUUAGAGUUGUGAGAGAAGAAGAAACCACAUCCAUGUUGGAGAAGAUCGAAAAGUGUUGCUCAUCUUCUUCGUCUCUGAAUUUAAGUCAGGUUUUCACGAAGCUUACGAACGAUGUUGUUUGUAGGGUGGCUUUGGGGAGGAAAUACAAUGAUGGUGAAGAUGGGAAGAAGUUCAAGAAGCUUUUGGGGGAUUUCGCGGAGUUAUUAGGGACUUUUUUUAUUGGUGAUUAUAUUCCUUUGCUUUCUUGGUUGAGCUUUGUCAGUGGUUUGGAUGGGAAAUUGAAGAAAGUGGCUAAAGAGUUCGAUGAGUUUUUGGAAAAUGUGAUUGAAGAGCAUGUUCAUGUUGGAAAUGAGGACUAUAAGGAUUUCACAGACAUUCUGCUUCAUCUUCAGAAAGAAAACGUGCCUGGAUUUUCUUUAGAUAGAGUUUGCAUAAAGGCUCUUGUCUUGGAUAUGUUUGUUGGAGGUACACACACUACAUCCACAGCCUUAGAGUGGGCAGUGACAGAGCUACUAAGACAUCCAAAAAUCAUGCACAAACUCCAAACUGAGAUCAGAUCAGUUGCAGGUUCCAAAACCUUCAUCACAGAGGAUGAUUUGGAAGCAAUGGUUUAUCUGAAAGCAGUCAUCAAAGAGACUCUUCGUUUACAUCCUCCACUUCCAUUACUAGUUCCCAGAGCGUCAAGAACAAAAGUGGAGAUCAAUGGCUAUGAAAUCCAACCAGGUUAUCAGGUCUAUAUCAAUGCCUGGGCUAUUGGAAGAGACCCAAUUUCAUGGGAAAGACCCGAAGAGUUCGACCCGGAUAGGUUCUUGAGAAGUGAUGUGGACUAUAAAGGCCAUGAUUUCCAGUUGAUUCCUUUUGGAGCUGGAAGGAGAGGUUGUCCUGGAAUUCAUUUUGCCAUGGCUAUCAAGGAGCUUGCUUUGGCAAAUUUGGUUCACAGGUUUGACUGGGGAUUACCGGGAGGUGCUAGACGUGAGGAUUUGGAUCUCUCUGAAGCUAAUGGUAUGUCCAUUCAUCGAAAGUUUCCUCUCAUUGCUCUUCCAGCUCUAUAUGAUCCAUUAUGCUAAUUAAUAAUUAAGGAGCUACACUAAAAAUAAAAGCAUCUAAGAUUACAUCGUUAAAAUAAAAAGCAUAUUAGAGAAUCUUAUAAAAAAUAAAGUGGUUGAUUUUUUAUCCAACUCUAAUGGUACUCUUUAUCACUCUUUAAUUUUUCAUCUCUCAAUAAAUAAUUAAUAUUUACUUUGCUCUA